AUGGUGGUGUAUCGUCUGCAUUAUUUUGAUUUCGCUGGUCGCGCCGAGAUAGCGAGGUUGUUGUUUCAUGGAGCCGAGAGGGAGUUUGAUGAUGUGAGGUAUACAGAGAAAGAAUGGGCUGAAUUUAAACCCAAAACUCCGUUCGGUGUACUACCAGUUCUAGAAAUUGAUGGUAAAAUGUUUGGUGAAUCACAUGCUAUUUAUAAUUAUCUAGCUAAACAAUUUGGAUUUUAUGGUAACAAUAACUUAGAGCAACUAGAAAUAGACGUAGUUAUGAGUUUGAUGAAGGAAAUGGAACCGUUUAUACUGGAAGCCUUCUUUGAAACUCCGGAUGAGAAAAAGAAGGAAGAACUGAUAACGAGAGGAUUCAAGGAAAAUAUUCCUGCUUAUUUGAGAAAAAAUGAAAAGAUUAUGCAAGACAGUGGUUAUUUUGUUGGUGAUAAGUUGUCUUUGGCCGACAUAGCUGUUUAUGAUCUUACAAAUUUCUUUAUGAGAAGAGAUCCUAACCUGAUGACACCCUAUCCUAAACUAUCAGCCAGUAGAAAACUAAUAGAAACUUAUCCUGGAAUAGCAGCUUACAUCAAAUCUCGACAAAAAUAA